GGUUGGUUGUAGGUAUUUUUUUUUAAAGUAUUGAGAAUGGCAGAUGAUGAUUUACCAUCCAAUAUAUUUGGAAAUAAUGAAAGAGAAAAUAAUGUAGAUCCAAAUCUACCACAGCAUAUACAUCUAGAUUUAGGCGAUGAUUCUUCACGUACUGCACAAUCAAAUAGGUUAGGAAAUCAAAAUUCUGGAAAUUCAGGUAUAGGCUCUGGAACAAGUGAAGGGCAGAAGAGGGAAGAUAAUCCUUUCUCAUUUAAACAUUUUUUACGUAGUGACUCUGGCAAUAGUAGUUAUCAGCAUAAAGGCGCCAGACCCAAGGUUUAUUGUGAAAGUCGCCCAACGCCCUCUACUUCAUCUUCAGAUCUCAACAGCAAGAUACCAGAACCAAAACAAUCAAGGAUAGUUCCCGAAUUUUCGUCAGCCCUGCCUGACUUUGUACAAGAUCAUCUAGUCAUUGAACAGUGUUACUUGGGAAGCAAUUCUAGUAGUAACUAUAAUUUGGAAUUAAAUAAUUUACCGGAUUUUACGCGAAAUCGAGAUACUAGACCUAAAUUUGAGAAUGCUAGUAGCGGCGAACCAGCUAGUAAUACAAGUAAACCUAUACCGUUAGACUUACCGAUUAGACCUCAAGGAUCAUUUCCUUUAGAUCUGCCUAUAGGCAAUUCAUCGAGUGGGCCAAGAAGUUCUACUAUAAGUGAGGUAGGAAAUUCCAAGAGCCUACCGGAUUUCCUUGCGGACAGCGCAGUUUGUUCUCAGAAAAAUGAAACACUAUCUGUUCCGCACAGUCCUGAAAGUGAAUCUGAAAGGUUGAGGCACGAGUUGGAUAUGACCAGGAGACAGUUAAGCGAACAGACGCGAUUGUGCGAAUCUUUAAGUAGAGAAUUGGAUGCGGCAAGGAAUAAAGAACACGAAUAUACGCAAAACCUUGGAAAAGCAUUGGAACAGGUGGAACAAAAUUUGGAGAAAAGUAAUCGGAGAGCAACAUCUGCAGAAAGCACUGUAUUAAAGUUAAAACAGGAAGUGAAGUCUCUUACGAUACAAAUUAAUAAUUUGAAACUAGAGAAUCAGAACCUGCGAGGCGAUGAGGCUGCCGGUGGACAAGGCUAUUACAAUCCUGUAAAUGAACUGCAUUCUCACCGUUUAGCUCAAGAGCUCAGAAAUGCUGCUAGUAGUGCAGAGCACUCGUUAAGGCAGUUAUUAACUGGUGUUGAUAAUUUAAGAAUAAUGGCAGCGGCUCUAGAAAAUAUGCAUCGGAUAGAGGAAAAGAAUGACCCUUUUCCAAAUUUUGAUGAAGAUGCUGGACCAGCAUUAUAAGCAGUUUUUUUUCUCUCGUUUACUACUGUAAGAUGUAUAUAAUUUUAUUUAUUGUUAAAAAUAUAUAUAUAUACAUGUGAUUUUAUUUAUAGGAGGUUGAGAAUUUUGAUAUUAACAGUUAGGAACUGUACAUAUUAUUAAUAAUUAAUAUUAAUGAUUUAGACUAAGUUUGUCAAUUAUAC